CUGCCGUUCUUUUACGAAGUCGAAUGUUUCAUCUGCAUAUAUUUAUCAUAACUAUAUGUUUUGGUUGGAGGUAAUCCGUUGCGUUUAAUUUGGUGUGAAAGGCUAGGGGUGAACACUGCGAAAGACACUAUUAUCCGUUGUUAAGAAGACACAUUCGGCGUAAGAUGUCUCGGAGCCGGAAGCAUGUAACGUUAGGGCUCGACGGUGAUAUCCAGCCGCCCGGACCUGGGCAAUCCAUCGUCCGGGCUCUGGGUUCGCGUGGGAGUAACUUGAUAGAGGUGGAGUUCCCUGACGGCCGCCAGACGCUCGUGCUUAUGCCGGCCAAGUUCAACAAGAAGCUAUGGGUUAAGCGCGGCGGGUACCUCUUAGUUGAGGACAGCACGGCCGCGGAGGUCGACACCAAAGUCACGGGCACUAUACUGGCAGUGCUGUACGAGGAGCAAAUCAAGCAGCUCACGAAGAUGCCUGGGGUCUGGCCGUCGGAGUUUGCCACGAAGGCGGACAAGGGGUCACUAGAAGACAUGAUGCCGCCAUCGGACAGCGAUGAAGAGGGUCACGAGGCAGGGCCGGCAGACGACGAGGAGGAAUCCUUACCACCGCUGCAACAAAACACGAACCGCAAAGUGGUGUACCAUGAAGUGUCAGAGUCCGAAGAUGAGGACGACUAGGAGGCAUCCAUAGGAGACAUCCGCGAGCUAGUAUUAUAGAGAUAUUUCAGGGCGAUUUUUGUUCUGUUGCAUAUCCGUUUAUGGGAUGGUUUGUCGUGCCUCCCAUGGCAAAGCUCUGAUGCGCGGCAGACGCCGUGCACGGUACAUCAACCGCCCGCCUCCGUGGUUCGUAUGUUUGUCAUGUGCACUCAGUUCGCGCCAAUCCGUAUAGUUCACUUUAGGUGUAGACCUGCGCUUUACACCGUUGCGUGGGCAUAUCAAAUAACUCUGCCAAAGCUUUGUAACUUGUUGGCUCCAUCGCCGCAUCUGACCAGAUAGCCUACUGUACAAUUCUUUCCAUAUGUGUACGAAGCAAAAGUUCUUUAACUUAGCACAUUUAGGAUUUGCCAAGGCGGGCAGUUCUUUGUAAGCGCGCAGCUUCCGGGUUGCUGCCCUGAGUGUUAGGGUGAGCAGGUACUUCAGUAAGCAGACAACAGCUGUUUGAGUCUGUCCCUGUCCAAGCUAGGGCCGGAACUUCGCAUGCGGGUAAAUUGCGUUGCAUGGGGAAACCUAUGCCGGGGCGACUCCUCGUCGCUCUGGGCGUGGUGGUCUAUUUGACGCAGACAUGCUUAGGCAGCUAUCUAACGGGCUCCGGCUUCCCCUGGGAAGGAUGCAAGCUGCAAGCUGCCGUAAACCGCUGGACGGUUAGCCUAGCAUCAUAUAGUGAGGAUGCGGUGCGAGGAAGCCGCGCGUGCUUCCGUUUCGGGGUGAAACCGGCGUCCCAAUGCACGCCCAACGGACUGCGCUGCUGCGGUGAAAACCACCUAAACAAGUUUAAGAUGUACAUCGAUCCUGCUUGCCAACGCGCCGACCUAUACAAUAUCACGGUUAGCGGCGUGCUGACGUCGGCUUGUUUCAAAGAGUACCUGAACGAUGAUCCAAACAAGCCCACCAUGAAGAUCACCAACAUGUACAUUCCUUUUGAGAAGAUCAACACGACACUGCUGUGCUUCAACCUUCGAGGCAGCGCGGCGGGCGGUGUGUGCUCCACGCUCUCUGCGCUAGCUAACCCCUACACGCGCGAAGAGGGGAUGCUGGAGUUUGGAACGUACGACAAAAAGGUCGACAACUACGAAUGCUGUCCGAUGUUUGUCGUACCGGUAUCCGGUCGCGGCGCGCCGCCGCCUCCAGCAGGUGCCGUACCCCCGCCCCCGGACAUGCCCAUGUUGCCGCCGGAUGCUCCGGCGCCUGCACCCUUGGAAGAGUUAAGCUCCCCUCCACCGCCGCCGCCACCAUCACCACCGCCUCCACAUCCACUACCACCGCCCCCCGCGCGUUCCCCGCCGCCAUCGCAGCUACUGCUCUCUCCGCCGCCGCCCAAGUCUACGCCACCGUCGCCACCUCCUCUUCCCUCGCCGCCACCUCCGUCUCCACCGCCGUCACCUCCUCCUCCUUCACCACGGCCGCCGCCGCCAUCGCCACGGCCGCCUCCGCCAUCACCUCGUCCGCCGCCGCCACAGUCCCCAUCCAUGCCGCCCUCAUUCCCAGGACAGCCCCCUAACGCUCCGUCUUUCCCAGGCACCCCUCCCUCUACUCCGCCUCCACUGAGCCCCCAGCCCCCACCCCCUCCGUCACCACCCCCACCCCCUCCGUCACCGCCCCCACCCCCUCCGUCACCACCCCCACCACCUCCAUCACCCAGGCCCCCACCACCUCGCAAAUCACCGCCCCCUUCACCCAGCCCGACGGCGCCCAGCGUACCGAUUGCUCCGCCGCCGAAGCGGAAAGCUAAAUCGCCGCCAUCGCCGGCGCCAUCACCGCCGCCGCCACGGCUGCCGCCGUCUCCGGCGCCGUCGCCACCGCCAUGCAAACGUAACAAGUGUCCGCCGCCGCCGUUACCGCCGCCGCCUGUACGGGCGUUGCCGCCACCAAUUGUACGAUCGCCGCCGCCGGUGGUAAAGUCCCCUCCGCUAGUCCUUACAUCGCCUCCGCCGCCGUCGCCACCGCCGCCGUCGCCUCCACCUCCUGUCCGGUCGCCGCCGCCAUCACCACUGCCGCCAGUUUUCUCCUCUCCACCGCCGCCAUCGCCGCCGCCGACGAUCCGGUCACCGCCGCCGCCAACACCGCCACCGCCAUCACCACUGGCGCCAGUCGUCUCAUCGCCGCCGCCGCCGUCGCCCAGGCCGCCAUCCGUGCCGCUGCCACCACCGCCAUCGCCUCCCCCACUGCUGCCACCUUCACCGCAUCCGUCGUCACCGCCGCCGCCGCUGAUCCGCUCGCCACCGCCGCCGCCGCCGCGGCCUCCGGCCCUGCCGCCGCCGUCGCCGCCGCCUCCCUCGGAGCCUCCGUCGCCAGCAGCCCGGCCAUGCCGCCGCUGUCCCCCGUCGCCGCCGCCGCCGGACAGCCCUGCAGACACCGGUGCCACCGCUACCGUUUCGUACAUUUCAAACGGUUACCGGUACGACAUUUUUGCAGGACAGCUUACAUUCUCGCAGGCGGAAAAGUCAUGUGAAUCCAUGUACGGCACCCUCGCUUCCAUCCUAACUUCUGACGAAAUGAGCGCAUUACAAAAGGUCAUUCUGGCGGCCGGCCUCCCCACUGUCCUCGGCCACAACAGCAGCUCCGCUGGCGGCGGCAGCGUCGUUCAGUUGUGGAUCGGACUGCAUUUGCAGUUGGGCGUUAGUUACUGGACGGAUGGGAAUGAACUGCUUUACCUACCUGCCAACCUGGAAUCGAACGGCUUGUUGGUUGUGGACGGCGCUUGCUACAGCGUGAACUGCGGGAGCACAGGUGGCAGCUGCACAUGGGAACCUGCAAUGCCCUUGGAGACGAGCUGUAGCAGCACAUUCCGGGAUGGAUAUGUCUGCAAAUCAGGGUUGGCUACAGUGUAAGGGAUGGCCGCCUCUUCGACUGCGGGAUUGCUGCAAUUUAUUAUAGUGCUAGCCUUCUGAAAGCAAUGAGUGAAGACCUUUAUGUUUUAUGAAAGGUCCGAAAGAGUCAUUUGGCGAGUUAAGGCGGCUAACGACGACCCACUCGUGCUGAAGUCCAUGGGGCGAUGCUUGCAACACGCUUCUUAACGAUGUGGGCCUUUUUAUGGCAGCACCUGGGCGACAGAUGCGUUGGGUAGCUGACUUGUAAACAAAGGGCCCAAUCCUGUGACUUUCCAAAAGUAUGCUGAUGAGCCGAGAAGGGGGCAGUGAUGAACGCGUACGCAGCGGUGUGGUGUGGCGUGCAGGGGUGAGCGCGGAGUAGUGAAAUAUGUAGAGAUGUGUAUUUUGGGAAUACGCAGGAUUGCCCAGGCCUAGUGUCCUGGGCGUACGUAUUCCUAUCCGGUUAGUGUAUAGUUUUUUUAGUUGUGAUUGGUUGUGCGAUUUAUACAUGAUGUUGAUUUUGCGUGGGGAUGUCCCCUGCAGUUUGGUAUAAUGCGCUGACACUACCACUUGCUGGGUUACCAGUUGGAUCAUUUUCCUCAAUUCUUACUGUUGUCUUCCUCGGCUGUUGUGGCGGCCUGGUCUGGAUGCUUGCCGUUAUCCUGGGAUUGAAUCGGCAGUUGUUUAUGGCGCUUACAUCGCCUGUGCGGAGGUUGCUGGCCGGUCUUAUCCAAUAGAGAUAGAAAUGGUGGCUAGGAUACGAACUCCGAUGGACCCCAAGGCUUCACUCUUCAAGCAACGGGGAGGUAAGGGGAUCUCGACAUUGGUAAGAGUUUCAAUGGUGCGGUAGAUGUGUUGGUUGGUUGGUUGCUGUCCGGCACGUUUGUUGGGCGUGCUGGACCACCAUGUCCAAGAUGGCCUUUCCACCAUGUCCACCAUGUUCACCAUGUCCACCAUGUUCGGACUCCCCUGUAAAACUCGCAUACAAGAUGGCAG